UGAUAAACGAUUUUUGUUUAUCAUGAACAUCAACUUGUAUUUUCUCAUUAAAAUAAGUUUAAAUUGUGAAAUUUAAGAUACUAAAUCGAUAUCUCUCAAGUUAUGCCAUCAAAAUUAAGUUGUAAAGUUUAACAAGAUAAAGGACACUAUACAAAAUACAAACAUAAUUAGUAAACAACAGUAUAUACAAGUAACAAAGACUAUUUGGAAAAAAAAAAAAAAACAAAGGUAACAAAGACGAAAAAGUUAAGAACCAUCAACCAAAAAACCCAGCAUUCAUACCUUUCCACCUAAAUUUGAUUUCCCUCCUUAGAAUUCUUCUUCAUCAUCAUAAUAAAAAGGUCAAAAUUCCUUAGAAAAAAAAAAAAAAAAGCCAAUUCAUCAUCUUCAAUUCUCUCUCCUUCCUUCUUCAAUCAGCUGUGUAUUUCUUGAAGAUUCACAGCAAAUCCAGAUCUCAAUUAUCUGAUUAGUUAAUUUAAUGGGGGUUCCCGCAUUCUAUAGGUGGUUAGCUGAUCGCUACCCAUUGGCGAUUUCCAAUGUUGUUGAAGAAGAACCAAAGGAGGAUGAAAACGGCCUCGUUUACCCUGUUGAUGUUUCAAGACCUAAUCCUAAUGGCAUGGAGUUUGAUAAUUUGUAUUUGGAUAUGAAUGGAAUUAUUCAUCCUUGUUUUCACCCGGAUAAAAGGCCUGCACCUACAACAUAUGAUGAGGUGUUCCAAUCAAUUUUUGCGUACAUUGAUCAUUUAUUUACAUUGGUUCGUCCAAGGAAGAUUCUCUACAUGGCAAUUGAUGGAGUUGCUCCAAGGGCUAAAAUGAAUCAGCAACGUUCACGGCGCUUCAGAGCUGCAAAAGAUGCUGCGGAGGCUGAAGCAGAGGAGGAAAGACUGAAAAAAGAGUUUGAGGCUGAAGGAAGGACUUUGGCUUCUAAGGAGAGGCGAGAAACCAGUGACUCAAAUGUCAUCACUCCAGGUACAGAAUUUAUGUUUGUGCUCUCGGUGGCACUUCAGUAUUAUGUACAGAAGAGAUUGAACAACCAGGCUGGCUGGCGGAGGGUAAAGGUUAUUCUAUCCGAUGCUAAUGUGCCCGGCGAAGGAGAACAUAAAAUUAUGUCGUAUAUUAGGUUGCAAAGAGAUCUCCCUGGUUUUGAUCCCAAUACUCGACACUGCUUGUAUGGUUUGGAUGCUGAUUUGAUUAUGUUGGCUUUGGCCACACAUGAGGUGCACUUUUCAAUUCUGAGAGAGGUCAUUACUAUGCCUUCACAACAGGAGAAAUGUUUUCUUUGUGGUCAAGGUGGUCAUUUGGCAGCAGAUUGUCGUGCUAAGCCUGAUAAAAAUGGAAACUUGGUAGAUGACACUCCUAUAUACAAGAAAAAAUAUCAGUUCCUCCAAAUUUGGGUAUUAAGAGAAUAUCUGCAAUUUGACCUGGAGAUUCCUAAUCCUCCCUUUACUAUGAAUUUUGAACGUUUAAUUGAUGAUUUCGUGUUCCUGUGUUUCUUUGUUGGCAAUGACUUCCUUCCACAUAUGCCUACACUAGAAAUUCGAGAGGGUGCUAUAAACCUGCUGAUGAAUGUAUACAGAAGCGAAUUUGCGGCUAUGGGUGGUUAUCUUACUGAUGCUGGUGAAGUCUUUCUAGAUAAAGUGGAACAUUUUGUUCAAUCAGUUGCAGUUCAUGAAGAGCAAAUCUUCCAGAAACGGGUUCGCUUACAGCAGUAUUAUGAGAACAAUGAGGAGAUGAAAAACAAGGCUAGAAGAGAAUCAGGAGAUCCCUCCUUUGAAGAGCCACCGCCUCCAGUGGAAGACAAGGUCAAACUUGGGGAGCCUGGAUAUAAGGAGAGGUAUUAUGCCGAUAAAUUUGGUGCAUCCAGUCCAGAGGAAAUCGACAAAAUCAGGAAAGAUGUGGUUUUGAAAUAUGUGGAAGGUUUAUGUUGGGUUUGCCGUUACUACUACCAAGGUGUUUGCUCAUGGCAAUGGUUCUAUCCAUACCAUUAUGCUCCAUUUGCCUCUGAUCUUAAAGAUCUAGCUGAUCUAGAAAUUACAUUUUUCUUGGGAGAGCCUUUCAAGCCAUUUGAUCAACUCUUGGGAACUCUACCAGCUGCAAGUUCCAACGCUUUGCCGGAGAUGUACAGGAAAUUGAUGACAGACCCAUCUUCACCUCUGCUUGAGUUUUAUCCUUCUGAUUUUGAUAUCGAUAUGAAUGGUAAACGCUUCGCUUGGCAGGGUGUUGCAAAGUUGCCAUUCAUUGAUGAAAAGAAAUUGCUGGCUGAAACCAAGAAACUGGAGGAAACUUUGACGGUAGAUGAGCAGCGCCGGAACUGUGUGAUGUUUGAUAUGCUAUAUAUCCAUCCCGCGCAUCCUUUAGCUGCUCAAGUUGUGUCAUAUUACCAUUUCUACUAUCAGAUGCCUCCUGACCAAAGAUAUGCUUGGCCAAUUGACAGCUAUGCCAGUGGUGGAAUGAAUGGUUAUUUAUGGUUAUCUGAAAGAAAUGGGUGGAGGCAAGUGAUCGCUUCACCAGUUGCUGGGCUACCCGCUAUUACGAAUAACCAAACUUUAAAUGUGACAUAUUUGAAUCCUCUGCCUCGUAAACAUAUCCCGGAGCCUCCAAAGGGUGCAAUUAUACCAGCUAAGGUGAUAAAAUCUACUGACGUGAAACCUUUCCCCCCGUUAUGGCACGAAGACAAUGGCAAUAGGCGUCAAUUUGGACGUGAAAGGCCUCAAGUACCAGGAGCAAUACGUGGGCCUCAGUUGGGUGAAGCUGCUCAUCGCCUUCUUAAGAACACAUUAAAUAUUAAACAUACUGAUUCAUCUCCUGGAUUAUUGGAUUAUAUGCCCCAUCGGAAUCAUCCAGGAAACCAUAUGAUUAAUAGGCCAAGGCCAGCUGGACCUGCAGGGUAUGAAAGAGGCUACUAUGAUGAUAACAGUUACAAUUAUGGGCAUCAUCAUAUGCCCCGGCCUAUGGCAAAUGGCCACAGAAUGCCCUAUGAGCCCCGUGGAAUUAGACACAAUGACAGAUUACCACACAGAGAGGAUGACCGUGAUUUAGGAGCUGCUAUGUCGAAUAUGACACUAGGAGGGAUUCGUAAUAGACCACCAGCUUUGAUGAGGCCAAGGAUGCAAAAUACUGGGCCCAUGCACAGUCAACAAAACAAUUUUGUCCAAAAUAUGGGUCCUAUUCCGUCACCCCCUAUCAACUGGAUUAAUAGACCAGUAGCUGGAAAUAACAUGCAUUUCAGACAGCAGGAGACAUCACCCCAGAAGCCGCAAAAACAAGUUUACCAAAUGAAGACACAACGACCAACACAACAAGAAUGAUUUGAUUGCUAAAACCGUGGACAUUUGUUCUGAAAUAUUGUUGAUCUGUAUAGUACAUGUAUGUUUUAGAUCAACGACACAAUUGUUGUGACAUCUCAUAGCAAAGAGGAGCCACCUGAUUAUUUCAGGACGUGAAGAAGCGACCGUGGUAUUUGUAGUCAGAUGCAUAAUUUCGCAUUCUUGCUCAUGUUCUGUUGUAGUGUAUCGACAUGUUAUCUAGGUCAUAUUGGUGGCCGUGCAUCUGUAAAUUCAUUACUUUACAGUUAGGAGUACGGUCAUUGGUAUACACUUGACAAUCAAAGAUCUAGAUCAGUUGUAUUCAAAUUGUAGCAGAAAUCAGGGUAGUCACAGUAAGAAAUGAACAAUCGCAUAGUUACACAUUGGCUGAUGAGCCAACUUUCUUUCUUCAAUAUACGACUAUAUGUUUUUCUUUCUCA